AUGGGCACUGAAGCCGAGUUGGCAACCUUCAAAUCACCGCAUGGUGUUAUCAUCAAGACCCAGAGGCUCAAGCUACGGCCAGUGUAUCCAUUGACAGACAUUCAUGUCAUCCACCGAAUGCGAAGAAAUCCAAAUGCAAUGAAAUUCAUGUCCACCGGUGUCGAGAUAGAAGAUGACCCUUUUAAAAGCGUCAGCUUCGACCGGAUGAGGAUAAUGACAGCACCUGGGAGCUUCUCCUUCGCCGUAGAGCUCUUGCUGAGCGAUGGGCAAACUUCGGGUGAUAUCAUUGGCAUCAUCGGCCUCUUUCGCCCGCCAGCUUGUGGGUAUCUUUUUGAUGAGCCGUACUGGGGCAAAGGAUAUGCGACCGAAGCAGUUGAGGGUUUUGCACGGGGCUACUUUGAGCACUUCCCUGAAGGUGUGCCGGGCUUGGAUCCCGCCAACCGCAACAUUCUUCUGGCUUAUGUCUACGAGGGCAAUCAUGCCAGCGAAAAGGUACUGAAGAAGGCUGGGUUCCGAGAGAUCAGAAAGGAGGUUGGCGAAGCCCACACUGGUGAGCCCGUUACUGCUACCGUCUUUAUGAUUGAGAGGCCUGAAAAAGUGCCCGUUCCUGCUGAAGUUGCUGGUUUGCCUACAUAG